AUGGGCGCCGUCGUGCUUCGCGAAGGACAAAACUGCACGCCUGGCGGCAUCGGCCAUGCGAUCGCCGAGGAGUUCCACGCAAAAGGCCUCUUUGUCAUUGCGUCUGCGCGCCGGCCCGAGGUGCUCAAGGAUCUUGCCGCCAAGGGCAUUGCGACGGUGCAGCUCGACGUGACCAACGCGGACUCCAUUGCCGCGUGCAAGGAGGAGGUGUCGAAGCUGACGGGCGACAAGCUGGACUUUCUCGUCAACAACGCCGGCCGUACGCACACCGUGCCGGCGACGGACCUCGACGUCGACGAGAUCCGCGCGACGUUUGAGACCAACGUGUUUGGCGUCAUGGCCAUGUGCAAGGCCUUUGUGACGCUGCUCAUCAGCGCCCGGGGCCUCAUCAUCAACAUCGCCUCGCUCUCCGCCGCCGUCCCCUACGUGUUCGGCGCGUCCUACUGCGCCUCCAAGGGCGCCGUCGUGUCGUACUCGCGCUGCCUGCGCCAGGAGCUGCGCCCCUUUGGCGUCCGCGUCACCGUCGUCAUGGCCGGCACCGUGCGCUCCAACAUUGCCAACAACGUGCUGCCCCUGGUCCCCGGGUCGCUCUACGAGCCCGUGGCCGACCUCUACGCCAGGCGCCAGGUCUACAGCCAGACCAACAACACCAUGGACACGGGCGCGUUUGCGCGCCAGGUCGUGGGCAACGCGCUGCGGCCCGAGGUGCCGCUGCUGCUGCGCGCGUGGUUCGGCCGGCGGGACUGGUUCUGGUGCGGCGGCAUGUCCACGAUUGUGUGGCUGGGCACGAUCCUGGGCGAGUGGCUGUCGGACAGCGGCGCGUGGCGGACGUUUGGUCUGCAGCGGCUCAAGGACAUUGUGGACGCGCGACGGAAGCAGGCGGUUGCCGACGCGAAGACGAAGUAG